AUGGCCGAACGUGAAGAUUCGGACAUGGCUUCUUCGGGUGUUGUCGAGUCUGCAGAGGUCGAAAUGGCCCCUAUUGAUGAGGGUGAGAAGGAAGAAGAUCCUGGCUUCGUGCCCGAAGAGGGCGAAAUGGCCCCGGUUCUUCAGGAAGAGGAGGAUGAAGAUCCUGGCUUCGUGUCCUGGGCUGGCGAAAGGCAUCCUCAAGUCCUCGGUCCCCAAGGCUUCCGCCCGGUUUGGUCCAACGUGGAUGGCUACCCUGGCGAAAUACCAUCUGACAUUCUGGAAUGGGUUGGCCCCGAAAAUCCAACCGCUGCCGAUCAUCUCAGAAUGGUUGGGCCCAUCUCUAGUUUGCUCUGGCUGGCUCGAUUUGAUGACCUUGCCCGAACUAUGCUCAGCCCGGAAUACGCGACGUGGAAUGAGGUGAUGGUGGUGCCCUCGAGCGCUACUAUCCGGUCGUUGCUCCCUGACUUAGCCGCCGAGGAGCGAAUUCCCAGCUCAGUAUACCAGAGAUAUACCGAAUACCCUCCGGCUUUAACACCAGUGGCCUCUGACUCCCCCGACCUAUCUAUACCCUCCUGUGUGACUACCGCUACCAAGUCAUUCUCUCUACUAAGCCUAUUUCCGCUAACCGCCGACCGAAAUCUACCCGAUAAAAUACUCUCGGUGCGUAUCUCUUUCGACAAACCGGACAAGCUAGCCCAGCGAAUCGAAAGGGACUUGAUUCAGACACUCGGAAAGGGUCUUCUUUUCAGUGGAACGAAGCGGUCGUUUUUAGAGCUACAGAUGAAAUGGUUCGUUCCUGUCUUAAACGCAUCGAACACCGAUAACGAGUUUGGGCCGGGAAUCUAUACAACGUCCUCCCUAGCUCACGCACUUUUCUACGCCGGACCCCAAGGAGUUUUGCUCGUCUUCAAGAGCCCAGACUUCCAGGAUGUUAAUAUUUGGGAACCCGACGAUAAUGACUGGCGUACCAUAGUCGAUCACUGGACGGGUCGCAGGGCAGCCACCCAGAAACCUCUCGGAUGGGAAAGUGAUGUGACAAAAGGGCCCAUCUCUGUUGCUCGCCGGAGAUCAUCAACCAGUAUUCGUGACCGCGGCCCUCAUACGCAGGUAGUCGCCACUGCCUACCCUGGGGCAGCCGCACUUGCGCGCUCCUUGUGUAUGGUGAUCUGGAUUGAGUAG